AAGAGCCAGUAGGCCUUUAUAAGCACAUAGCACGGCGACCACCAUUUCCCCUACAAGAGUGAAAAAACCAGCAAACUCUACCACCAAAAACAGAGAGCGUUCAACUUCAGCAUUCGCUUCUCACUUUCGUCUCUCCCCCUUUUAUGUCAAUCCCCGCUUCUUGGAUCCCUUUCUCUCGUCGUUCUUUCAAAUUUUUGAAUCAUAUUAACAGGGUUUGAUUUUCUUGAAUUUGGACUAAAUUUCAAAGGAAGAGAGAGAAGCAAACCCCAUAAGGGCGUCUUUGUUUUCUUGAAAGCCAGGUGAUUCAGAACAGAGAUCACUCUUUUAUAUUCGUGUAAAAAGCUUUGAUUUUCGUCUGCUCAGAACUACCUGGGAGUGUCGUUUUUCUGUCUCUCAGGGUUUGGUUUUUGAUUAUCAAAAGGUUUGAUUAUUUGAGGAACCUCUUUGAAUCCUUUGCUUGUGUAGAACGUUUAGGUCUUUUUACUUUGCUCUUCACGCUGAAUUCUCCAGUUUUUGACCAAGAAACAAGGUGGUUGGUUUUCUGUCAGCUUUCUCGAUUUCUCUUCUCCGUACGUAGUUGUCUGAAUUCUCAGUUUUGCGAAGAAUCAAAUCCAUGGCGGCGGCUAUAGAUAUGUACAGCUCUAGCAGCUGUCAGGUUUUGUCCAUGGAUCCCUUCAGGGAAGAGCUUAUGCAAGCACUUCAACCUUUUAUGAAAAGUGCUGCUGCUUCUCCUCCUUACACUGCUUUAAGCCAAAUGGCAUAUGAUCAAACAGUUGGUGGAAUUGGACUUAACCAAAUCAGCCCAUCCCAGAUGCUGCAAAUCCAAGCUCAAUUUCAGCUUCAGCAACAGGAACUGCAGCACUCUCAGCUCACUUCUAAAUCAAGUCAAUCGCAUCAUCAGCAGAGUUCAUUCUCAAGCUUUCUUGGCCCGAAGCCCGUCCUGAUGAAGCAGCCAGGGUCUCCCUCAAAGCCCACGAAGCUUUACAGGGGAGUGAGGCAGAGGCAUUGGGGAAAAUGGGUUGCUGAAAUCAGACUUCCUAAGAACAGAACCAGGCUUUGGCUUGGGACCUUCGACACAGCCGAGGAAGCAGCCUUGGCUUACGACAAGGCAGCUUAUAAGCUGAGAGGGGAGUUUGCUAGGCUGAAUUUCCCACACCUCAAGCAUCAACUAUUCCAAGAAUUCAGUGGCUUCAAGCCUCUGCAUUCCUCGGUUGAUGCCAAGCUUCAAGCCAUUUGUCAAAGCUUGGCCGAUUCAAAGAAACAGGGGAAUUCAAGAAAUCCCUGUUUUGUCGCAAAGGUUGAACCUUUGACAGAAACUGGUUGUCCUAAGCUGGAAAAGGCAUCAGAUGAUUCAUCAAAUUUCCGAUUUAAGGAUCUUGGAUCAAGCGAAACUGUAAAGGUGGAGACCUCAGUAUCAUCUUCAGCUUAUCCUUCACCCUCUGAUGAGGUGUCGUCAGCAGGGUCGGGCUCGCCUGAGUCCUGUAUCACUUUCCUGGAUUUCCCAGAGCCUUCUUUCGAUGAAUGUGAUAAUUUUAUGUUGCAAAAGUACCCUUCGGUCGAGAUAGAUUGGGCAGCUCUAUGAUAUCAAUGUAAUAAUAGUUAAUGUUGAUAACAAGUGCUUGUGUUUAGUUUUCUUGGUCUUGUAGGAGUCCACAGGUUUAGUUAUGAGGUUCCGUUGUGGCAUUUGCAAUGGAUUUUUAGACAUAUGCAGAUGUCCUGAAAGGUGUGAAGAGUUUUAUAUCGAUUAUAUGUAAUUCAAGAAUGUGUGAAGUCUUGGUCUGCAGGUGGUUUUUUUCCAUGCAUGACGAUUGGAGCUGAUUUGGUCUGAAUGGCUGGUUGUAUUAGUCUAUGAAAACCCCUUGUAAUUUUAUUACCGUUUGUAUAAUUAAACUAUGGUUUGCUUCUCA